ACAGACGUCUUUCCUCCUGCAGCCAGAGGACCCUACUGAGGGCAGGGAGACGUAGCUGAGCAUCUUCCCAUCGUUCUGCGGGAUUUUCUGGGUGUCAGAUUUGUGGGCACUGCCAUCAUCCUCUAGAGGAGAGUUCCGACCGACCCUACCUCAGAAUCCCAAAGCAGGUUGUUGUUUUUUUUUUUUGCUCACUUCAUUUUUCUGUCACCCAAGGCGGGUCAGGAAAGCCCACAAGAGACGUGUUCAGCUGUAGGGGCUCGGCCUUUUGUCUGUCUUCGGCUGUGCGGUUUUAGGGGAAAGUCACGCUGGCCGAUCUGCGGAGAAACGUCAUGAAGAAGCUGAAAAAGAGGCGCUCCAGCCUUUUCGCCAACCUGAAGUUCGGCGACAGUUUCUCGCAGAGCACCGACGAUGACGAGAGCGCCUUCCCCUUCGCCAUGGACAGCUCGGUCAAGCCCUGGACAUCCCUGCACAACCUGGACAAGCCACUGGACAGUGACGGGAAAGUAGGAGAGGACGACUGGGAGCAAUGCUGGUCUCCUCCGGGGAAGAUGAGCAUGAUCAACCUUAAUGUUGGGGGCAAAGUCUUUCAGAUUGCAAAGACUGUGGCGGUCCGGUACCCCCACACGCGCAUCGGGUGUCUGGCCCUCUGCAGCGACCCCGUCAAGAAGCUGGAGCUCUGCGAUGACUACUCGGUCCUCAACAACGAGUACUUCUUCGACCGCGACCCCACUUUCUUCCACUACAUCUUCCACUUCUACCGCAGCGGAGUGCUCUGGGUAAUGCAGGAACUGUGCCCCAUCAACUUCGAGGAGGAGAUGGAGUACUGGGGCCUGCGGAUGAAAGACACCCAGCGCUGCUGCCGAAUCCUGUUCGAGGAGAAGGUGGACGAGCUGAAGGACUACUUGAAGGUCCAGCGGGAGCUGAAGGCCGAGAUUGAGCCCGAGCACAGGGACGAACAUUUCGAGGGCAUGUUCCUGGGCGGCUUCCGCAGGGCGCUGUGGAACCUGAUGGAGACCCCCUACUCCUCGGUGUGGGCCAAAGGCUUCGCCAUCAUCUCCAGCAUCUUCGUGCUGAUCUCCAUCAUGGCCAUGACGCUCAACACAGUGGAGGAGCUGAAGAGCCGGACCCUCCACGGGAAGACCUACAUGGAGUGCGUGGAGAUCUUCUGCAUCAUCUUCUUCACCCUGGAGUACUUCCUGCGCCUCCUGACCACCUGCGACGUCAAGCGCUUCCUGCGCAGCGCCCUGAACUUCGUGGACCUGGUGGCCGUCAUGCCCUACUUCGUCCAGGUGGUGUUCGAGACCUUCGCCGACCACAGCGACGACAGCUACCAGAACGACCUGCAGGCCAUGCAGCGGGUCAGCAAGGUCAGCAAGGUCCUCAAGGUCAUCCGCCUCAUGCGCAUCUUCCGCAUCCUCAAGCUGGCCCGGCACUCCACGGGCCUGCGGGCGUUUGGCUUCACCAUCCGCCAGUGCUACCAGCAGGUGUGCUGCCUCUUCCUCUUCAUCGGCAUGGGCAUCUUCAGCUUCUCGGCACUCAUGCACUCCGUGGAGCACGACGUCCCCGGCACCCCCUUCAGCAGCAUCCCCGACGCGUGGUGGUGGGCGGCGGUCAGUAUCUCCACAGUGGGCUAUGGCGACACUGUGCCAGAGUCCUUCCUGGGCCGUCUGGUGGCAUUCGGGUGCAUCUCUUUCGGGAUCAUCCUCAACGGCAUGCCCAUCUCCAUCCUCUUCAACAAGUUCUCCGACUACUACGCCAAGCUGAAGGACCAGGAGGUCGCCAACACCAUGAAGCAGAGAGGCAGGAUCCAGCUGCGGGUUCGACUCCGGCGCAAGAUGGACAAGUGUCUGCACUCACAGGCCCCGGACUGCGACGAGGACUCCCUCGGCCGCCUGGACCCCCGCGCCUGGCACGGCGGGCACUGACACUCGGUCUGCCAGCAUUGUGCUGGGCAUCCCCCAUCUCCGCUUCGCCUGCUACCUUUUUAAUGGCACUACCAGUGACUGACGGCUGCUGUGAGUGACAGCUCUGAGUGAGGUGGGACACAGGAGGUGCCCUGCCUAGUUAUAACAGGACUAAUUGCACGUUAAAGAUCGGGUGAUUAUAACUAACAGAUAAGAGAGUUGCAUUUCCUUUAACCAGGUAUUUUAAUGGAUGAACGCAACCAACCAUAAUCCAAUUAAAAGGAAACCUCUUGGCUCCCAGCUACAUUUUCAUCAUCCUUGCUGUCACAUGUCAAAAAAAUAAAGCAGGGGCUUGUUACUCGGAUUCACCUUUCUGGACCAAUUGCAUCUUGUCCUGAAGCUGAAGACUCUUUUGGAGCUGGACUUACCAUAGGCAGAUCUAGUUUUUUUUCCAUUCAGUUUUACUAUAGUGCAUUUCUCUUCAGCUGCAGUAACUUUUAAGGUUUUCUCAGCACUUAUUACAUACAAAAAGACAUGGAAAGGACAGAAUUCUGUAUACUGUUGGAAUCACCUGGACUGGACUAAGAGGACUGGACUGUCAGAAUCCAGUUUUUGAAGGCCUUAGAAUCAUAUUUAUUGUCUUACUCUCAAUAUUCAAUUACUUUCUUCCUUAUUAGACCAGUCUAAUGCUUUUCUCUGGUGUGAAGCGUGGGAGGGCAAGGUUGGAAAAUUGUGUAAACAAAUAUAAUAUUUUUCCAGGUCCGAUAUAGCUGAGUCUGAAGAGAUAUGGUUUCUGGAAAUCAGGCUGCGUUGUGCCACUCAUAAACUAGAGGGUACGAGGUAUAAUGUGUUUGCACAGCAGCUAUGAACUGAUUUAACGUUUGAUAUGAUUUAAAUAAAUACUUUUAUUUACAUAUUAUCUAUAAACCUUGCUGUUUUGAUCUCACAGGGAAAUGAAACUUCCGUAAUGACUAAAAAGAACACAAUGCUGUUUUUUGUUACAAAGGGGAAAAGUCAGCUACACAACUACAGUUUACCUGUGUUUACAGUAUGUUACCUGCACUUAAGCUUUUGUCAUGUGUUUUUUUACACUAGAACACUGUUGUCGUGCCCUGUUCUGUGUGGAUGUGGAUAUCUGGUUUUCUAAAACCACUCUAAAGGCUCAGUUCAUUUAGAGUUUAAGAUUCACUUGGAUAUAACACAAGUGGGGUAUUUAGUUUAGUUUCAAUUUCUUCACAGUCAAUUCACCCACUAUUUUAUGUUCUGCAGCUAAUCCAUUUUCUAAUUCAACUGCCGACCAGACCUGGUGAGAAACAUGGUAAGAAAAUGGAUACAGUACAAGAUAGGAGGGAGCAGACUUUUCCUAUUAAUAGGAUCAGGAAGGGAUUAGGCCACACUAGGAUUUAGAAAACUAAUCCAAAUGCUGAACAGCAAUUAAAAUAAUUAACCUGUUGAGGGGCCCUCUGUAAAGACAGCAGGAGUGUUUUGGUCGCCUUUUGCUGUUACAUGUUGGCCUUCAUCAAAAUGGCAUUUUAACAGUUGUUUCACCACUAUACCCAGAAGGUCUCUUGUAUCCAUAUUGCACAGUUGAUUAUCUGACAUCCUGCCUGUCUGUGCAUGUCCACCUCUCUAUCUGUCUUUCUGUCUGGUGCUAUUUCUUUUUUUUUAAUAACUCUGUGUCAAUGCCAAAGAGCUUCAAUGACAUUUAAUUUCACAGCAGUCUGAAUCAACAGCAAACUUCUGAUUUUCAUUGGAUUUAAUGAAGACUUUCAAACAUCUACCAAGGAGAGAAACGAUGGAUUUAAGAAAACUGACUAAGCAAAAUGCAGAGCUACUGCAUAAAUGCUGACAUUUGCUUGCAGUUUAAAAUUUGCAUAAAUUGAAGACAAAGUUACAGCACACAGCACCUGCAUGGGAUCAGCAGUCUGAAUGCCAAAGAGAGCCUCCCCUCUCGCAUUUCAACAUUUUCUGCUCUCCUGCCCCUGUUAUAGGAAAUGUAUCCUACCCAGCUGGCAGUGUGGCUGCUGGUUCAUAGGUAGGGGUUGCACCCAAACUGUGUGCAAGACACUUUGGGAUGCACUUCUUUGCAAUGAAAAAUCCAAAUAAUUAUUAUUUUUAUUAUAAUUGCGGGCAAUGUUUUAGUUUUGAAUGACUCUUAUCAGCUCGUUUACCUGGCCCGGCGUCAGAAAUAUGUAUGUAAAUUCACCUUAUUGUUUAAACCAGAUUUUAAACUAUCACCCACAUUUUGUCUGAAAGCAGAAUAUGUAGCCAAAUACAACUCAGUCAUUGUGUCUACAUAUGAUGCUGUAAUAGGUUCUGUAACCAAUUCUGAUUAUUUCAAGAGACAUAAUAGGAUCAUAGCAAAACACAAUGUUUACCACAGAAGAGAUUCGGCAUGUUUUAGGGUCAGGGAUAUAUUGAGGGUUAGGGCACUGACUUUACUGAUCACUAAUUCCUGAUGGUAAAGGACUGCCACAUCUGGUUUUCAUUACACCAUGUGGAGAAGACUCAAUGGUUUUUACAUAGAUCCACAUUGUGACUACUGCCUCUCUGGAACUCUCUGGAACAGUGUCUGAACCGAUGUUUGGAGGGUUAUUGAAAUAGUUUACACUCUAUAGCUGUUUCACUCAACAGCUUCAGCUCAGACUGUUUCCUUGCCUCUUUCACAUCUCCAGCUUUUCUGUUUUCCUCCUGCUGCAGGCUCAUGCCCACCUGGUCUGUUCUUGGUGGUCACCAAGCAGACUCUUCCUAUGACAGAUUCAUCAAAGUUCUCUCUGUGUUUCUUCUGGCAGAAGUAUUUAGGUAUUCACUUCCUUCUGUAAAAUUACUGUUGUCCUGAAAAAGCCAAUGCAUUCUUUCUGGAAGAAACUCCAAACUGGCCUUUCUUGUUCCAGAACUCUCUGAGAGCUGCACAGAAAUAUCUGCGCCUGAAUAAUGAUGAUGAAAGUGAGACGUUCUGCUGGCAGUUAGAUCUUUCCACAUACUGAGGUGGAGUUUUCAAAAGCAGCACUGGAGAGCAUCAAGCUGAGCAAUACAAACGCAGACAUCAUCCGCCACUGGCGUAGGUCCGUAUUCUUUCUGUUAGCAGGGCUGUGGCCAUCUUUACUGAAAUGCAAAAUUGGCAAUGUUAUUGUUUCCCGUUUGGCAUUUGCCUUUCUUUGCCUCCUCCUUACUGGUUUAAGAGUCGCCAACAAUGUGAACUGUGAAAUAAGAUUUACCACAUUUCUCUUCAUCUCAAUGCACACCUUGAUUCAGGAACAGGCCAAUUAGUGGUAUGGGGUAGUCAGUGCAUUACAGUCUAUGGAAAUUUGUAUUCAAGGCUUCUGGAAUUUUAAGUAAACUAAAGACCACAUAUCUUGCCUGCUAGACAAGAAGACAUAGGUCAAGCACAUUGCUUAUAGUAAAGCCAAUUUAAAUUCACUGUAUUUAAAAUGCUGUCACCUGUUUCUUAUGUAGCUGAAUCUGCUGCCUAUGCUGUGUGUCUUAGCAGUGGUCAUGGCCACUAUAUAGUUAUGAUGAACAUUAUAUUCUCGGACUAUUUCAUUUAUUUAAUUGAAACAAUUUUGUAAUUGUCCAGAAAAUAAACUUGCCUGUGCUGUGUUCAUUAAAACAGUAUAUUGCCCUGUUUAAGGUAACCUAUCCUCCAUAAGUAAUGCUAGUCACCCAUGCGACCCCUCUGUGCUAUCAGACCACCUUAAACCAAAGUAGAAGCUUUGACUGACAAAAAGAGACUAAACUCACUCAAUUAAGCUUGAGAAUGUGGUUUUAUGUUAUAGGUAAUCUGCAAGGCCUGUCCUUUCUCAAGAAGUCUGCUUUAUCUGGGGCCAGAUGGCUGUAUAACUGUCUUUUACUUUGAAUUAGUAGUGCAAUAAAAUAAAAGAGAAA